AGCCAGCCCCCACCCCACUCAUGACGUGCCCAUAGACAUCAGGAUAAGGGGGGCUGUAUCCAGGGUAACGUGGUGUCUGCUCACACUCCACGUGUGACUAUUUCCACUAUAAAGGCCGGGGGUCGCCAGUGGCAGGAGCAGCCCCCUCUGGUAUAUACACACACAGUAUAUAGGAUGGGCACAGAGGAGACAGCAUCAGGCUGUCACAGGGACCUGGAUACAAUGUUGCAAUAAUGCUUCUCUGUGAUUUGCAGGAGGCUGAGGCUGUUAUGGCUGCAAUUCUUCACUUAUCGCUGAACUCUUUGUAAAUCUCCUACUUACAAAGCAUAUACUUUGCCAAAUUACUCCGGGAGCAGGAGUUAAUCCCUGCGGCCAAGGUGACCCGACCCCGGGUGUUUUCUGUGUCUGUGGAUGGAGCUGGAUGAGAUGUUGAACUUUUCAUGGGAAUACGAGAACGGCAGCGUCCCGGUGAACUGGAGCCAAAGCAACGAUUCGCUGGCGAACCGGACCGAAGCCGGUUCGCCGCCGUUUCUGACCGAUGCCUGGCUGGUGCCUCUGUUCUUUGCACUGAUCAUGCUGGUGGGACUGAUCGGGAACUCUCUGGUGAUAUAUGUCAUUUCCAAGCACAGGCAGAUGAGAACGGCCACCAACUUUUACAUUGCUAAUCUGGCCUCCACGGACAUCAUGUUCCUAGUGUGCUGCGUGCCAUUCACUGCAACGCUUUACCCUCUGCCCAGUUGGGUGUUCGGAGACUUCAUGUGCAAGUUUGUGGCCUACUUACAGCAGGUAACGGUGCAGGCCACCUGUAUAACAUUGACAGCCAUGAGCGCAGACCGAUGCUACGCCACAUUAUAUCCACUGCGGUCGCUGCGACAACGCACGCCGAGAGUAGCCAUGAUCGUCAGCGUCUGCAUCUGGAUAGGCUCUCUCCUGCUAUCCACGCCGAUCAUCCCGUAUCAGAAGAUACAGAAGGGUUACUGGUAUGGCCCACGGACAUACUGCAUAGAGCAGUUUCCUUCAGACGCGCUAAAGAAAGCCUGUAUUCUGUAUCAGUUUCUGGCGGUCUACCUACUGCCGCUGCUGACCAUUUGCUUGUGCUAUUCAUUAAUGCUGAAGAGGGUAGGACAACCAGUAGUGGAGCCAAUGGACAACAACUACCAGGUCCAGCUACUGUCUGAGAGGACCAUCGCUAUGAGAAGCAAAAUCUCCAAAAUGGUGAUUGUGAUUGUCCUCCUAUUUACCAUUUGCUGGGGGCCCAUUCAGCUCUUCAGCCUCUUCCAGGGGUUCUACCCAGGAUUCCAAGCCAACUACGCCACGUACAAGAUCAAGACCUGGGCCAAUUGCAUGUCCUACGCCAAUUCAUCCAUCAACCCCAUUGUGUACGGGUUCAUGGGCGCCAGCUUCAGGAAGUCCUUUAAGAAAGCUUUUCCUUUUAUGUUCCGGAAUAAAAUCAGGGACGGGAGCAUCACGUCUGGAACCGUCAAUAACGAAAUGAAGUUUGUUGCCAUGGAAUCGACAAACAAUGAGUUGAAGUAAGGUUGGUGGGAGCUGGGGGGUAUUUAUUACCAUCGGAUGGAUGUCAGAAGCGGAGAUGACCUGAUUUGGCAAGAUGGUGAUGACAAAUAAUAGACCUGAGUGCGGUAAUGCACUAUGGAUUCAGACAUCCUGAAUGUAUCAUUAAGGUAAUUUUCCUAUUGUUGAGGAAAUGUGAUUCACUUUCUCUACUGUAUGAUUGUUCAAACCUCUCUGGGCGAUUUCAGCUGGAUUUUUACCAUACAAAUGUGGGUUUCUACCUGAAAAAUGUCUUGUGUCUUGUCUGUAAUAAAUCUCUAUUUUGUAUUAA